AUGCGUAGAAGUAACAUUAAAAAUUCUGAAUUUAAGACACCUUUCAAGAAUCCGUCUGUUAUAUUAACUACAGUUACGGAAACAACAACAAAACCAGCUACAAUAGCACCGGCACGAGAAUUUCAGCUUAAACCACGUGAUAGGCUUCAAUUUAAAAGAGAUAAAUUACCAAGAAAUGCUAGAAAACGUAUGAAAGUUGUUGAUAAAGGUGACGAUAGCGAUGAUUCAGAUUCUUUUAAUGACUUUGCUGAUUUGCAACCAGAGUCUGGCUCAGAUAGUGAAUAUGAAGAUGAAGAAUACACUCAUAAAAAUAAUAAAAAAAAUAAUUUGCAAAAUAAUGUUAAUAGACAACUUGGCAUGAAAAAAUUAUCAUUAACAAGGAGACCAUUAGCACCAUUAAAUCAAAACAAUUCACAGCAACAACAAAAUGAUAAUGCAUCUCCGCCAGUUAAAAUUGGUUGUGGUGGAAACAAAGUUCCCAAUGAUUCAUUUAAAAAAUUGUUUCGUCCUUUCAAAAUGCCAACAUUUACUAGUAAAUUAAAUGAAAAUGGUGGUGUUGAUCUAUUUGAUAAUCGACCUGUAUUAGGAGGUUGGCGAAGACCAGCUACAAAAGCUUUACAUGACCCAACAUCUGAAAAUGCAAUCAUAUUAUAUGAUCCCGAAGAAGAUGAUAGCGGUAAUUCAAAAAAGAUCCAGGGAAAAACUAUUUCUGAAAUUCUAGGAUAUAAACAAGUUAAAUUUGAUAAAGUACAUGUCGUCGUUGAUCCAUUAUUGGGGAAAAAACUUAGACCACAUCAAGUUGAAGGUGUAAAAUUCUUGUAUAAUUGUACAACUGGAAAAACAUUUCCUGAUGCUUUUGGAUGUAUAAUGGCUGAUGAAAUGGGAUUGGGAAAAACUCUUCAAUGCAUUGCUCUUUUAUGGACACUUUUACGUCAAUCACCAGAACCUAAUAAAGGUACAAUUGAUAAAUGUAUUAUCGUAUGUCCUUCAAGUCUUGUACAUAAUUGGGCUAAUGAAUUAGUUAAAUGGCUCGGUUCAAUAAGAAUUAAACCAUUGGUUAUGGAUAAUAAGAGCAAAGAUGUUUUGGUAAAAGAUUUAAGACAUUUUUCUGGUGCACAAGGUCGAAUGAUUACACAGCCAGUCUUGAUUAUUUCGUAUGAGUCGCUUCGAGGAAAUAUAGAAGAAUUAAAAAAUACUGAAAUUGGUCUUUUAUUAUGUGACGAAGGACAUAGAUUAAAAAACUCAAAUUCUUUAACCUUUCAAACAUUAAAUUCCCUUAAUGUCCAACGAAGAGUAAUUUUAUCAGGGACGCCUAUUCAAAAUGAUCUUUCUGAAUACUUUUCAUUACUAAAUUUUGCGAACCCUGGUCUUCUUGGUACACCAAAUGAAUUUCGUAGAAAUUAUGAAAAUCCAAUUCUUCGCGGUAGAGAUGCAAAUGCCAGUGAAAAAGAUAGAGAAAUAAGCGACCAGAAAUUAUCUGAUUUGUGGGGAGUUGUUAUGCCUGUCAAGUAUGAAUAUGUAGUAUUUUGUCGAUUGAGUAAAUUUCAAGCUUCUUUAUAUAAUUUCUUUAUUACAUCUCCCGAAAUUCAAAAACUUUUACGUGGUGCUGCUUCACAACCUCUUAAAGCAAUUACAAUUCUUAAGAAGUUAUGUAAUCAUCCAGAUUUACUCGAUCUACCUAGGGAUCUUCAAGGAUCAGAAGAAUGUUAUCCAACAGAUUAUUCGAUCAAAGAGAAGUUAAGAUGCGUUAGACCAGAAAUGUUGGAAGAAAUCAACAAAAAUUCCAAUGAUAAAAUUGUAUUAAUAUCAAAUUACACGCAAACAUUGGAUAUAUUUGAAAAGCUAUGUCGGAACAGAAAGUAUGGAUGUCUAAGAUUGGAUGGUAGUAUGGCGAUAAAGAAAAGACAAUCACUUGUUAGUCGAUUCAAUGAUCCAAAAGGAAAGGAAUUUGUUUUCCUAUUGAGCAGCAAGGCUGGUGGUUGUGGUUUGAAUCUCAUAGGAGCUAACAGGCUUGUUUUAUUCGAUCCUGAUUGGAAUCCUGCUUCUGAUCAACAAGCAUUGGCUAGAAUUUGGAGAGACGGCCAAAAGAAAGAAUGCUUUAUAUAUCGAUUUAUAGCAACAGGAACCAUUGAAGAAAAGAUCUUUCAACGUCAAUCACACAAACAAUUACUCUCUUCAUGUGUUGUUGAUGAAGAUGCAGAUGUUGAACGUCACUUUUCAGCUGAAUCGUUACGGCAAUUAUUUCAAUUUGAUCCAAACACUAUGUGUGAUACUCAUAGCACCUUUAAAUGUUAUAGAUGUGUUAAAGGAGUACAGAGGAUAGCUAGAAACCCGGGUGAAACUAUGAAUUAUGGUGAUACAAGCUCAUGGGAUCAUUUUACUGGUGGCGAUGAUUUAUUAAAAAUUUACGAUGAAAUAUUGAAACUUGAAACUGGCAAAGGAGCAAUAGUAACAGAUGCUCAUUAUUAUUAUAAACUUAAUAGUAAUUGA